AUGGAUCAAGAAUAUCACGAUAAUAAAUGGAGACAAGCUGAGCAGGGAAGGAUGGCAAUGGCUCUUUAUACAAUUCAAGGAUUAGCUCAUUUGUUUCAUGUUGUGUGGCCAAUAGCUCAAAACGUACUUUAUGAAAAGAAAUGCGAUUAUGAUGAAGGUCAUGGAAUUUUUUUCAGGGAGACUCAAGAACGAAUUGAAAAGGAAAAUUGGCUUAAAUAUGCAACAAGACUAAGCCAAUCAGCAUUCGAAGAUGAACGUGGUGGUAUAGGAGGCAAUAUUGGACGUGGACAAGAUAUGAAACCAUGCAACGAUGAUUGGAUAACUUUUUAUUUGGCAAGAAACGAAGGAGAAUUUGAAUAUUCCUUGGCUGAAAUAAUGCCUCCCCGACGUCCAGCACACAUUUAUCCAACAACUCAAUAUCCAGGUAAUUAUAAUUUAUAAUGUUUAAUAGGUACUAGUUAAUUUAUCGUUAAUAAUUACCCUCUCCGAAAAUAAUUGCCCAUAACAAACAAUAAUUUCCGUAUUUUUUGAUUUAGUGCUCCACGCUGCAUUAAAGCCCAAUGUGAAAUAGAGCUACACUUUUCUGAAAUUUACCUUUACUAUAACAAAUUAUUAAUUUUAAUACUAAGUUUUCCUAUAAUUCCAUUCAAAAAGCCCCCCCUCCCACACGGUUGAGUGCCACUA